AGUAUUAAAGAAUUUGUGAGCUGAAAAUAGAUUCAUUUCAAACUAAGAGCACGAUGCUCAUAGACUCAUAGUAUACAUGUCUAAACCGUGUUCCAAUUUGUUUGUAAGAAUUGUAGCCGUUACUUUAGAAUUCAAUCUCUUUGUAAUUCAAUCUCAAGAAAUUUCAAACUAUAAUUACAAUUUUCAAAUUUUCCCUCCUAGAACCUCUCUAUCUUCCUUUGUAUUUUUUAAACAACCGCCUCUUUCUCUUCUUCAUCAUUCAAAUAAACGCCCAAUUUUCCCGGCAAAAAUGAGAAUAGCAGAGAUAAACUCGCCGGACCUCCGGCAACACGAUGCCGUUUCACUCAUCCUCCAACAAAUCGAAUCACUCGUCAAACAAAUCGAGCUUCUCUCUCCUAAAACUUCUCCCUUACCUUCCUCUCUCUCCCCUCAGCUUCGACAAUGUCUGACUCAACUGAGUCAACUCGGUCCUUCCUUCUCCAAAUCGGUCAAGCUUCAGCUAUGGAAGCUCAGCUACCGUCUCUGGAACUCCUGCGUCGAUCUCACAAACGCCGGCGUAAUAGGACACGUAGAGCUCCGGCAAUCCGCCGCCGACAUUCUCGCAAUCGCCGGUGAUGUUGCUGGAGUUCCGUCACCGGCGAUGAAGGCGGCUUCGUUCUACUACAAGACUGGUUUGAUUUGGCAUGAGAUGAGGAAGUUUGAUUUGGCGAAUGAUUGUUAUGAGAAAGCAACGGAUCUUGUUGCGAAGGUUGAAAUUGAUUCGAUUUCUGACCUAGGAGAGAGAAAACUGUUGCUCGAUCUUAAUAUUGCGAGGUCGAGAACUGCGUGGGAGGUUUCGGAUCGAAACGUUUCGAUUGCGUUGUUGAAUCGGUCGAAGAAGUUUCUGUUUGAAACGGCGGAGAAUUACAGGAUUCUUGCAGAGCAAUACUUGGCGUUUGGGAAGGCGCUGUUGAUGAAGAGCGGAGUUUCGGAGGGUAAUGAAGUGUUGAAGUUGAUGAAUGAGGGUUUGGAGUUGUGUGAGAAAGGGCUUAGAGUUGUGAAGAAGACGGAUGAAACGCUGAGUUUGAAGGCUUUGAGGGAUACGACUCUGCGUUUUAUUGCUGCUUCGCAUUUGCAGAGGGAAGAGUUUGAGAGUGUGGUUAAAUGUGUGAGGGUUUUGAGGGAUUAUAGUGGUGUUAAAAGCGGCGAUCAGCACCCGAGUUUGAGUGUUUUAGCAUUGAAGGCGUGGCUGGGAUUAAGGAGGUUUAGUGAGGCAGAGAAAGAGCUGAGGGAUAUGGUUGUAAAUAAGGGGGUUCCGGAGGCUGUUUGGGUUUCAGCUGUGGAGGCGUAUUUUAAGGCAGUUGGUAUGGCUGGAGUUGAGACAGUGAAGAGUAUUUUUCUAGGGCUGUUAGGGCGGUGCCAAGUUAGUGCUGGUGCAGCGGUUCGUGUGAUUUAUAAGGUGAUAGGGGAAGGCGGUGGUGGUGGGGAAGGGUUACGGAUUAGAAAGAUAAUGGCGGAGGAGUUGGUGAGUGAUGAAAGGGUGGUGACACUUUUUGCUGGGGAGACAGCUGCAAAGGAAAGAGCAGCCUUACAUGCUGUCUUGUGGAAUUGUGCUGCAGCUCAUUUUCGGUCAAAGGACUAUGAGAUUAGUGCGGGAUUAUUUGAAAAGGCUAUGCUUUAUGUGCCCAGUGGCACCGAGAGCAGAAUUCUACGAGCAAAGGGAUACAGAGUUUUGUGUCUAUGCCACUUGGGCCUCUCCCAGCUUGAUCAAGCUAAGGAAUACAUUGAUGAGACAGAGAAGCUUGAGCCAACCAUAGCCUGUGCAUUUCUGAAGUUCAAGAUAUACUUGCAAAAGAAUGAUCAUGCUGCUGCCAUAACUCAGAUAAAAGCUAUGAUGGGCUGCACUGACUUCACUACAGAAUUUCUUUCACUUGCAGCGCAUGAAGCUGUUGCAUGUCGUGCACUUGGAGUUGCUGUUUCCUCUUUGUCUGAUCUCCUCAACUUCUACACAUCAGGAAAACCAAUGCCAGUAGCUGAGAUAGUUGUGGUUCGCACCACUCUAGCAAUCCUUGUUCAAGAAUCUGGUCAUGAGUAUGAUCUCCUGAAGCACAUGAAGAGAGCCCAAACUAGGAUGACUGAGCUAGGGCCUGAUAAUUUCUUUGGGAAAGGUGAGGUUGGAAGGCGAGAGCAAAACUGGAUCGCAGCAAAUGCAUGGAAUGCAGGGACACGAGCAGGGGUGGAAGAAAGCUAUGAAUUAUGUGCUGAAUUUUUGAGUUUGGCAGCUGAAUUCUAUGAUGUUAAGAUUGACAGGGAAGCAGAAGGAAACAACAUAAUGGUUUGCAAAUCAAUUGUCCUGGCUGUUUCUGCAAUGUUAGCCACUGAGAAGCAAAAGAAGGUUGCGAUGUUGGAUGCACAAGUGAGGAAAGCCAUAGAACUGCUAGAUAGAGUUGGAAAGUUGGUGGAAUCAUUAUCAGCUGCAGAAAAUCCAUCAGACUGUCAAGACAGCAGCCUCGACCCAAAAUUCCAACUUGUAUACAUGAUGAAUGCAUAUGAACUAUAUGGAAGGAUGAAAGACUCAAGAUCCCAGCACCUCCUUGUGAAAAGUUAUUUGAAUUCAAAGGUCUCUAACCCGAAGGAUCUUCUUCAGAUAGGCCUUGCUUUCUCACAAGGUUCUCAAUUUAAUGCUGAAGUAGCAACCACCACUUUAAAUGCUUGCCUCUCUGGUUUACUUGCUUCACCUUUACCAGACUAUAAUGAGGUGGCUAUAGUUAUAAGACGGCUAAUUACUAUAGCUGUGGUUUACAAGGGAGAUGCUGAUGAUGAGGCGGUGUACAAUCUAUAUAAACAGGCACAACGAAUUAUGGUGGGGCUCAGAGAAGGUGAGUACCCUGUUGCCGAAGGGAAAUGGCUUGCCACCACAUCUUGGAACAGGGCAGCAGUCCCUGUGAGACUCAGGCAGGUUGAUGGGGCAAAAAAAUGGAUGAGUUUGGCGUUGGAGCUUGCAAAGAAGGUACCAGGAAUGGAAACUUAUAAGGCAUGUAUGGAAGACUUUAUCGCCAGCUUUGAGAAGAAACUACAAGAGGAUGAUGAAAAGAGGAGCAAGCUAACUAGAUGAAUGACAAAUAGCAUGAAUAUGUGCUGAAGUAGAUAUUUUGUACAGAUUAUAGAAGGCGAAAACUACAGGACACAGAAGAAACGUUUGAGAACUACAUAACCUGAAUCAGAGUACUAUCCCUGUCUGCUUGCCAUUUACAGAGAAAACAAACUUCUUGAUUUGAAAUUUUUUCAUUGUAGAAAAUUCAUGAUCUGUAUACGCGGCUGUAUGUUAAGACUACAGAACUAUUGCAAAAUUGGACACCAAAGAUAUAUGUGAUAUGUUAACCUUUAUAUAUAUUGGCCAGAUUGUCAAAAACAAUCGAAUUUGAUUUGAAGAGUAUUGUACAAAAAGUAAUCAAUAUGGUUUACAGAAUAAUAU